GAGUGCUCCGCGGUGACGCUAGGAGCCGGGAACUUACAUUAGUCGGGAGUUCAGAGAGAUUAGUUCAGUUUGGAGGCAGCUUCAUAAAUUGUUGAAAGGGACUUUCAUUUGCCGGGGAGGGACAGAUAAACCAAGAUGAAGACGCCAAAUUUCAGCCUUAAAUUUAUUUUGGCCAUGGGAUUUCCUUUCGUCCUGUUGGCAAUCACUCCAACAAAGGUGUCUGAAGCCUUGAUUGAUGAUGAACUGGAAGGGUCUGGCACAGAUUCUGAAGAUGAUGACUUUUAUUCUGGUUCCGGUUCUGGUGAUGGCUUCAUGUUGAAGGACAGCUAUUCCAAUGCAGAGCAUACAACUUAUCACACGCUUCCUUCAACAGCUUCAAGUAAUCUAUAUUCAUCAAGCCAAGUGACCACGACUAAGAUCACAAGUGAAAUGAUCAGAGAAGAAUAUGUGAACAUUGUACCAGUACAUCAUGAUUUGCCAGUUGUUAAUGCCACUAUUGAAGCCACAGUGACCAGUCCCAUAUCUUCCACCGUCCUUUCAAAAGACAUUGAUAUUCCCAUUGUUCCUAGAAUUAGCGUUGUUGAUUCACAGCCACGUGGCUUUGAACCCAAACAUGAUUUUAUGGAAGUGAGCAGCGCGAGCCCGAAUGUUCAUACCACAUUCCCUGGUCAUGCAGUUACUGUAAUCGAUGAUGAAUCCUUAGCUGCCUCAAGGGUAGUCACAGCAGAUGAAAUGAUGAGCACGGUGAUUAAAAAAGCUGAUCCAACUGAAGAGGUUGUGGACAUGAGGGAUGUGGAUAUGUAUUUCACUGAGACAUUAGAGAGCACAACCAUUCUGAAUCAAAAUCAGGUUCCAGAUUCAAAAACCUCAGCUGAAACACCACAGGAAAGAUACUCUCAUGACGCCAGUGCAUCUGGGAGUUUUCUGGAAAGAAGUGAAUUAUUGGCAGCUACUGUUGCUGGAGGAUUUGUGGGACUUGUGCUUGCUGUUCUGCUGGUGGUGGUGCUGGUGUAUCGAAUGAAAAAAAAGGAUGAAGGAAGUUAUACGUUGGAUGAGUCCAAACAGCCAAACGGAGGCUACCAAAAACCACAAAAGCAAGAGGAAUUCUAUGCAUAAACGUAUUUUUAAAAGUUCUGUAUCAAUCUUUUAUGCAAAGUGAACACUUUCUUUUCUUUUUCUUGCCUGGGUUAGAAAGUGAAUCGGAAAACAUGCCAGUCUAACCUCUAUUUCCAUGACGAUUGUAUUUUUGACAGUUCUGAGACAGACAGUGGUGUAAUGUUUGCUUCGUGGAUGAGGAGACUUGGUUAAAUUUUCACUGCAAUUUUUAUAUUGUAGAGGAUAACUGAAACGGUGGGGUAAAAUAGGUUUAUUUUUAAUGGGAAAAGAAACCCAGUUGGGAAUGCACAAUACAAUAUUGUAAAGCCACAAACUGCCUAAACCUGUAAAUUUCUAUAUUGUGAAAGUAUUAACCAAAUGGAAGGGACAAAAGGGAACAUGGAAUCUUUUACAAUUGUGAUUUCAAAUUGUAUGAAUGCUGAUGAUGUCUACCUAAUAAUAUAGGCUUACAGUAAGAGACUCCCUUUGCACUUGGCUAAUCAUUUUUUUUAGUUGUGUUGUAUUAUGCAAUUCAUUGAAAGGGAUGCAUUUCAAAUUUUUAAAAACAGAUUUACUAAGUUUAAUCAUUCCUUCAGAUUUAUGGCAAUUGAAGGAUUGAUUGGUGAAAUGAUGUCCUUUCCAAAUACUUUAAUUGAAUCAAAGUGGAAGGGCAGUAAUUGUUGAAUGCUGUUUCAUGAGUUAAAUAUAUUUUUGGUCCUGAAGCUUUCAGCCUGUUUCCUUUAGUUAAUAUGCCUUUAUACUGUAACUAGUCAUUGAAGCACCUGAUCUACUCCUUUAAAGAGCUGGGCCUCUGAGUUUGUGAAAAAAUAAGUAAAGUUCAGUGUUCACCCCACCCCAAUAUUUUGCACAGAGGAGUAUUUUUUUUUGUUCUUGACCUUCAGUUGGGUUAUGAUCUAACUCAAUUAAAUAAAAUUGAUCUUUCUUAGAUAUACUUCUGUUUCCUUACUGUAUGUAUACCACAAUUCCUUCACCUAAUUUCACAGGCUGUAUCUAAAAUGCUUACAUUGAGUCAUUGUAAGCUCCACAUAUGAACCAAUUGAAUGUGACCUGUGCAGUCCAAGUAAAAUGUCUUCCACCUUUUUGUAUAAAUGCAUUAUGUAAAAGCUGAACUUGGAUUUCAUCCAGCCAUUGGUGAUGUGGUUUUUUCUUUUUCAGCCGCUGCACAGUUCCUACAAACUACCAUAAGCAUGCUGCAUCCCCGAUUUAUAUUUUUAAAAUCUAUCAAUUUAUAGCUGUUAUGAAUUUGUGAACAAAUGGCUGUAUAAAGGAAACAACUGUGUAUCCCUCUUACUGUUUUCGAAUUACUGCCAUUUUCAAGAGUUAACUAAAGUUCUGUAGAGUUGAGUUCUGAUCACAACUUGGCAACUCUGCCAAGUUUAAGACCUGCAUUUUCUAACAUUAACAAAGAAUAAACCAAAUAUAAUUAUUUUUGUAUGAUAGAACUAGUGGUUAAUCUUAGUUUAGAAUCAUUUAUGACUAGCAAAAAGGCUCGAUGUCAAAAGAUUUGGUUAAACGUGGUUUUUGUGACUUGGCAUAAGUCUGGACUCUUUUCAUGAAUGUUAAACUUUGUCUGGAACUUUCAUUAAUGCUUCCUAUUUAUUAACUAUGCUAUUUCUAUACAUAUCAAACAAUAAAAGAACACUGACACACUAA